UAAUAUAACACACGUGCACAGCCCACCACUUCACAUUCGCUUCCCUUUCUUAGUCGACUGCCGAGCUGUGACCUUUGCAUAUAAUUUCAUUUGGACUGAAUUUCGGCAUAAUGUUGGCCAUCGUGUUGUGUGCCGUACUGGCGGUUAUGGCGCCCGCCAUCCGGGCGGCGGAGGACUGUCCCGAGUGCGUGAGUAAGCCGGAAGUGUGCUGGUCGCAUGCGCACGCGGACAACGAGGCCAACACGGGCUACGAGGAGUCCUGCGCGUAUCUGCGCUGCGACGACGACGGGAUGACCGUCACUGUGUCUAGCCCGGCGCGGCUGCAGCAUAUCCGGCUGGAGGCCAUCAGGCCCCGCCCCAACGCCAUCCCGCAGCAGUGCGAAAAGGCCACCUUUGAUCGCGCCACCGGAUGGCCCGCCGAAGCUGCCGUGGUCAAUACCGUGGACGUGGGUAACGGCGGCGGUCAUGUCCUGCCCAACCUGCCCGAUCCCAGCGACGACUACUGGGAACUGCAGCACGCCUUCCUCUACAACAACCAGCCGUCCGUCCAGCGUGCCGACGAGCCGGGUCUGCAGUCCACCCACCCCGGGGGCGUGCUGCAUGUGCCGCGCGGCAGUGCCUGCGGCGUGGGCAGCGAAGUCAUCUGUCCGACGCAGUACAGUCUGCAGGCGGCCACCGUCGACGUCAAGGAGUACCUCACCGUCACCGGCAAUCCCGACAUCGAGAUCCUCACCCACAAACGCCUGACGUUGCGCUGCCGCGCCACUAUCCGCCAACCGCCCGAGGGGUCCUACCUGCCAAAGGUCAAGACGGAGGCUACCCAUACCUGCCGACAGACCGAUUACCGAAUUGUCGGCAUCCAGAAGGAUGAGCGCUUCGAAAUCACCGUCUCGGAGACGUCGCACACGCACCCUGCCGACAGCCAAGUGGGAUGGUUCGUCAACAGCAUCACCCUGGGUAAACUGCCCGAUGACAAGAUCCUUAAUAACGCUGCCAUCACCCCGGUGGGCGCGGAGAUCGACACCGUGGUCGGCUUCAACCUGGCCAACGCUCCGGCCGCCCAGCCGGCCUGGACGCCGUCCACCCUCGCCUACGAAUGGUCCAGCGACGUGGUGGUCGUGCCGGGCCAGAGUAACGUGGAGUUGGACUCCACAUCCCUGUACUGCGUGCAUGAGCCGGUGGCCGGCACGUACGAACUGUGCGACGGCGCCCGGAUCUGCACGUAAUCUGCCGAUCGGCCGUUGCAGCCGUGUAUUCGAUGACCUUUCAUACUUAAAUUGAUCGCACAGACGCAGUGUAUCUGUAGAAUGAAUUUAUUCGCUAACCGGAAUGACAUUGAUGUUCUCAGUUCAAAUGCAUGACGAAUACGCAGGAACGCGUCAAUAAAGCCAGAUACAAUUG